GCAAUUUUGUUCUAAUUUCAGAAAUAUCUAGGUCAAUUCGGAUACCUUUUUGGUCCAAACCAGGAAACGGGACCUUCGGGUUUAACGUCAAAGGCUGUGUACGUAGAGGCCGUUAAAAAAUUACAAAGAAUGGGUAACAUACCGGAAACGGGUGUUGUAGACAGACGUACACUUGAACUCAUUAAAAAACCGCGGUGUGGCGUAAAGGACGAUAUGGGACCUGAGUCGCUUACACGGCACCGACGGAAAAGAUACGUCACGGCGCCAUCCAAAUGGGAGAAAAGUGGCCUCACAUACAGAAUUAUCAAUAUGACGCCGGAUCUUUCUGCUGAUAAGGUACGCCGAAUCAUUAAAAAUGCUUUUAAAGUAUGGAGUGACGUCACAUCCCUCACAUUCUCAGAGACGCUUAACUCCGAUGCUGACAUUCUGAUCCAGUUUGCGGAAGGAUAUCAUCAUGAUGGCUACCCUUUCGACGGCCAAGGGUCAGUUUUGGCGCAUGCGUUCUUUCCUGGUGACGACAGAGGCGGAGAUACUCACUUUGAUGACGCUGAACACUGGACGUUCAACUCUUCCGAAGGAGUGGAUCUGUUUAUGGUAGCUGCACAUGAAUUCGGUCACGCCCUAGGACUGGCCCACAGCAGUAAUACAGACGCCCUCAUGUACCCGUGGUAUCAGGGGUACGUGGACGGGUUUAAACUACCGUACGAUGACGUCGCGGGAAUCCAAACUCUUUACGGUUCAAAGGGAGAUGGCCGUCUGCCACCGCGGCCCGACCCUCCAACACGACGACCCCCGGUGACCCCAGACCCCCGAGACAGAGACAGAGACAGGGAUCGUAACGAUGGUUACACCGUAAAUCCCCGGCCCACCCCUAAAAGACCAGAUUACGCUGUUAAUCCUUGCUCACACUCGAUUGACGCAAUAACAGUUAUACGAAAAGAAGUCUUCAUCUUCAUUGGUUCUCAAUUUUGGAGACUUGGAAGCAAUGGAAUGAGCUCCACACCGACACAGAUCAACCAGUUCUGGUACGAUCUCCCGGAAGAUGGCAUAGACGCUUUGUAUGAACGGACUGAUGGGAAAAUUGUUUUCUUUAAAGGGGACAGAUUUUGGAUGUUCAGCAGUAACCACAUGGUAUCCAAUUUUCCAAAAGAAGGCCGACGAUUAACAGAGCUUGGAAUAGAUAAAGAAGUGAAGAAAAUUGACGCCGUUUAUGUGUGGGCGUACAACAAAAGGACAUACUUAGUUACAGGCGACAUGUACUGGAAACUCAACUCCAAAGACGAUUAUAUAGAAUACGAUUAUCCCCGUGAUAUGAGUAUAUGGAGAAACGUGCCAGUUCCAUUAGAUAGUGCGUUUCAGCAUUGGGACGGUAAAACCUACUUUCUUAAAGGGGACCAAUUUUGGGAGUUUUACGACAAUAAAAUGAGGACCCGCAGAAAAGAAGGAAAACCCAUUUCUAAACUUCUUGGUUGCCGAAAUGGAAAACUCACUCCCUAUUCAAUGGCCUUAGAAUUAGAAGACACUGACGAUGGAUCGUCUGCGACGAGUGUUCAAAUAUUAUUUUCUAAUCUAGUCAUUUUACUAUUUUGUAUACAUGUCUUAUAAUGAUAGAUUAAGUAUGUAUUUAUUUCUCAUAUCAGUUUACAUGAAGCGAGAAUUUAUCAUGAUAAAAGUUGCACUCUAUAGAAAAGGUACCUAGUUAAACAAUGAUGGGAAAAUGAUGUUUAAAGUAAAACAAUGGUCACGUUUGCGUGCGCUCUAUCUCUAUUCUUAGUGGUAAUUAAGUAAGCCUAUAUAAUGAAAGAUGAGCUAUAAAUAUCUACAUUAUUUUUUUAAAUUCACUGUAUAAUUAUUUUCUUACUUUUAGUAAUUGGUUAAGAUAUACAGCAAGGCAAUAUCUAUUAACUUUUAUUUUUAAAGCAAAAAAAAUCAUUUUGAAAUUGAUUUUCUUAAUGUGUAAAGGUCGUUUUUUUAUUUGGAAGGAAAAAAAACUAGUUCUUAUGUUUACGUAGCAAAAUAUAUCAUUGUCCGCUGAAAAUACAUUUCCGAUUUUUUUACUGGGGUAAAAUGUAAGUUUAUAGAGAAAAAUGCAACUUUGUUUGGUUGAUACCAUGUCCAGGAUCGUGCCUAUUUGUACAAUCAGUUUAUGAAUGUUUGUGGUCUUGUAACUGCUUUAAGCAGACACGUGUGUGUAAACUAGUUUCAUGAAAUAUCUGAAGAAAAUGUAUGCAUAUGUUUUAAGCAAUUUCUAUUCCAAUGCUGUACAGCAUUUUUUUACCACAGGGAUCAAAGUUCAGCUCAAACGCAAAUCACUGCAGAUGAAUCACCUAGAUAUCAACUAUUGUCUAUACCAUACAGUGGUGUUGAUUUCUUGCUACUCGCACCAGUGUCGGUAUCAUACGGAAUCCUGGUAGGAUUCCGUAGUAUCAACGUAAUCGCGUUGAUUUUUUGACAGCAUUCAGUAAUUGCAAAUUGCAAUUAAAAAGUUUCGACCAAAAUAUUUUCAUUUUCUUCAUUUCGAUUGACCAUAAAUCUGUUGGUCAGUGCUUCAUGCAAUAGUGAAAUUUGUAUGAAGAGAUACCAAAAAGGGCUAUUGUGAAACAACGUGAAGUCCUCUUUAAAAUACUGCAGUGAAUUCCAUAUUUUACGGGGUUACAUCAGUAGUGAUUUAGAGACAUAGCGUAGUUUUCUUCAUCCAGUACCAUCAAACAUUAGAUAGCUGCACUUCCACCAUAGCAUUAAAGUCAUUUGAAUCGUGCAUAAAAUACCCUUUUUUUACAACACUGACAUCUCAUCCUGUGGCCGUUCUUCGAAUUUUCGAAAUAAUUUUUCGUGAAGAACGUGCAGUAAAGGAUGAUACCAGUUGGAAAACCCAGGAACAGAUUUGUUCUUGACUUUCCGCAGACCUUCUAUGGGUGCCAUUAUAUGCCUUGCCAUUUCCUGGUUGUGAGAGAGCAUGUGAGAAAAUUUGUAUCAAAUGCGAAAUGUAGUCCCACUUGUCAUUUUUUGCGCAGUAUUGAAAAAUUAAUCAUACUCGAUAUAAAAGUCUUGUGUGUUAGUGAUUAAUAAAAGUUACCUCCCUUCUUUCAAACACAAAUCUGGAGUUCAUGGUUAUGUGCUUUAUGCUAUAUUGUAGAAAAGGUACUAGACUGUUUUGAGAUAUACUUUUGAACCCUAGGAUUAAACGUUAUAAUGUUGACUUGGUUAUGUUUACGCAUGCGUAUUUUUAACCGUAUCUGACAUUACUAUUUGCAUAAUAAGUCGAGAUUUUAUACUAAAUCUGAAAAUUUUAAGUGUUGAACACGUGCUUUUAUAUUUUAACUUUGUAUUCGUGUAUCAAAGUAAAAAUUUUGAUGACACCUUUAUAUUUUAAUGAGAUUGUAGAUAGAUUAAACAUGUACGUAGUGGUGUUCUAUGAAUGCUUAUUGUUAAAGUUGUUAUCAUAAAAGAUGUAAAUACUCAUUGCUUCUAUAAUAUUGAACGAAUGGUGUGUUAAUAUGUUAGUUUAUCCUGAAAGUGCUAUACAUGUAUAGAUUACAGUGUGUAUGUCUCUAGCAUUUUAUAAUGCACCAAGAUAUAAUAUAGUGAUUUGUCUAAAACUUCAUAUUUUUUGUCAUUCAAAAGAACAACACCACGAUAAAAGGAACGUUUUGGAAAAAUGACGUUUGGACGGUGAUAGUUGGAUUUUUUUAUGUUUUGUUUUGAUAACAAUAACAAUUAUAUAGUUAAAAUACAUAAAGGAGAAGUAAAAUACUGAUAAAUACAAAUGUAUGGUACUCAUAAGAUAUACUACAAAGUUUGCUUGUUGUUUUUUUCACAUGAUGUUCAAAGUGUAUGUAUUUAAUCGUCUCAUAGUUCAUGCAGAUUUAAAAUGAGCUACAGCAGUUAACAAUAACCGACCAUUUUUAGCAGCCUCAUACCGCUAUAUCCGGGCAUUACGAGUAUAAAAGGUACCAAAUAUAAAGUUGAUUUAAACCUAAGUAUCCCAAAUACAAUGUACCGAAAAUAUUCUGUAUCAAAAGUUUGCAUGAACUGUAGAGGUGAAUUUCUUUUAAAUAUAUCAUCAUUAUUUAGUUAUUAUAUAUUUUAACAGUAUUUUGUAAAUCAAAUUUUGUUUUGUUUUAACAAACUGUUUCUUUUCAUGUUCCAAUAGACGGAAAUCCUGUGUAUAAAUUUUGUGUCUCUUUUUCUGCAAUUUAUUUUACAAGUAUAUUUUAUAUGCAAUAUUUAUUCAUGUACGAAGCAGCUCUGUGUACAUACCGUAUCCUUUAUAAACUUCCAUUUUCAAAUAUUUUUUAAGUUGUGUUUAAUUUUUAUAAAUUAUUUGUAAUGCUUUUGUUCUUAUGUUUUUCCUUAUAUUUUGGGAUGAUGUAUGUUUUAUAAGUCGGAAAGUAUGCAACGUCGCUUUGUAAACUUUCGUGUCAAUACUUUAGCUUGUUAUAGGUAUCUUGGGUAUGACAUGACUCCAUAACAUGUUUUUUUUUCUUCUUCAGAUUUUGAUUUCUUAACGGUGGGUGUAUUUUUCCUCAGCAUUUUAGGUUUUUAUGUUCUUUUGGUUAUGCUUGUAGUUAGGUUCGUCUUGGGUUACCAUACACUUUUCCCAGUCUUGUUACUUAGUAACCGAUGACGUCAUGAAAUACUCCUUUCGCCGGAAAUACUCAAGGUAUUUUUUAAAAAUGAUUAUAAACGUGUUAGAUAUUUGUGGGCUGUGUGAAUCCACAACAAAUAAUUUCUAUUUUGGUCAUGAAAAUGUGUUUUACAUCUUGAUUCAGUGUCUUCAUUUUCAUCACUAUAUACAUGGUCCACCAUUUUUUAAACGAUAUAAAUGUGUAGAAUAAGUCUUUCUAUCAAACUCAUACGCAGUGAUCUCCCUUGCCACUUCGCUAAGAAGCGGCAAGGGAGAUCACUGCGUAGCAGUUUGUCUUGCUAUACUUGAAUGGAAACUUCUGAUGGAUCGCGUGAUGUCAUUGAAGAUCAUAAGGACCUUUGAAUUUUCGAAAUAUUUUUGCUUUCACUGCUUCAUCAGACAUCAUAUUUUGCACUUGUUUUAACUGUAGACUUGUCAUGAAUUGACAGUUAGCAAAAUUGUUAGAUUUUAUGAAGUUAAAUUCUGCAUGUCUUGCAGAUUUACGUUAUUCAGCAAAUUUUAGGAAACAAAAUAUAAUACAAAGACUCAGUAUUGAACUGUAGAAAAUAUAUUCAUAUUAACUGUGUUUGUUUUAUUGCACAUUACUUAGAAAUGUAUCCAUAUUGCACAAAUUGUCAAUUUGCGUAUUCAUAGUCAGGCCGGUUUCUUUGUAUUAUGAUAGGUGCAAUAUUCAUAUUUUUUCCAACCGUCUUUUAUUAUGCCCAUUUUCCUUGUCAGAAAUAUAAACCAUAUUGUAUCUUAAAAAAGUUACAACAAUAAAUAGGCUCUUGAAUAAAUCUAAGAUGACCUCCCACAUUCUUUCAAUUUUUACAAUUUAAGAGUUUGAAAUUACUCAGUGCGCAUGCCAGCAUGUUUAGAUUCAUUGCCCAUAUCUGCUUAAAGUACUUUUGUGAUUCUACUGAUGCCCGGAUUUUGAGCCUAGUUUUUGUUGUUGCUUUUAAAAAACAUUAUCAUGUACUGAAAAUAAAACUUUCAGCAAAUAAAUAAAUAAAGCAG